ACAAAUUUUAAUUCAGUAAAAACUUGAAGACAGAUUAAUUUAGAAAAAAAGAAAAGAAAAGGAAAAUAGAAAACAGAGAGAGAAAGGCCCUUUGGUCGAAUCAGUGACCGAAGGAAGGCCAAAAUCAAUCUGUUUCCAGUAUCAAUAAAAUAUCCAUAUCCAUUUCUAAAUAUGCCGUUUCCAAGGUAUUCAUUUUCAUUUUCUUUCAUUCCUGGAAAACCCCUUUUCUCUCCUUUGUUUCUUCUUACCAAGAAUCGAAGGGGAAACAGUUGGGAAGAAAGGAAUUGGAAGGGAAGUUAUUAACUUUUUUAUUUUUAAUUAUUGUUCUCUCAGGAAUUUUAGUCUUCUCCUUUCUGGAAUUAGGGUUUUGCUUUGGGGAUUUUAGAUGCUAUCUUCUGGUUACCUUCCACGUUGGAUCUCUGCUCUUUUUGCCUCCAUGGGUGGUUGUCUUGGAUGCUUUCAGUCAUCUAAGGGUCUAACUACUCAACACUGGAAAUUGAAGAGAUCUAGCUUUUCUGAAGAUUUCUGGAGUAGCAGUGCAUGUGAAAUCGAAAAUAGUCCACUCAAGCCCCAAAGAAGCAUUUCAUCAAUCAGCAUAUCAAGUCAUUCCCUUGACCUUUCUGGCAGCACUAGCCGUCCUUCUGAAUUUGUAAAUCAUGGCCUUCUUCUUUGGAACCAAACAAGGCAACAAUGGGUUGGAAAUAAAAAGUCUGAGAAGUGGACACAACCUCGAGAAUCCAUGUUAAGUUACAGUUGCAAUUGGAAUGCUGUCGAUGAUAGUUUGCAUGGGAGCACUAAGCAUUUCCCGAAGCCACUUCCACUUUCUGAAUUGGUGGAUUUUCUAGACGAUGUUUGGGAACAAGAGGGCUUAUAUGACUGAGCAGAAUGAUGUAAAAAAAUAGGGAAACAUUUUUCCAGGAAUUUAUCGAGAUCGUCCUGAUCCGUUGGAUUCUUCCACUGUAUAUUAUUUGUACUAUAGUUUACAAAUCCUUUUGGAUUGAGAUGAAAAUUUAAUAUCAAUGAUCCAAAAGAAAAAAAGGGGAUGCAAUAUUCUAGUAUUUCUCUAUCAGUUUAUUGGACCCUUUUCUCUGUGAUUAAAAA